AUGUUAGAUGAAAUUGCAGAUUUGUUAGAACGAAGUCAAUUUCUUUUAUCUUUAGGAAAAGUCGACCAGGGUAAAAAGACCUGUUUAGAAGCGGUCAAGAAAUUGAAUGACUUAUCCAAGAAAGAUUCUGACAUUCCUAGGAAUGUUAUAAAAGAAGUCUCCCAAUAUGCCCUCAAAGUGUAUGAUUCCAAUAUGACCACAAAUGAUAAGAUAAUAUGGUUAAAUUCAAAAGUUAACAAGGAGACCAUUUAUCCAGUGCUUAGGUUUGGAGGUUUACUGUCUACAGAUCAAUUGUUCCUGAAAGAACAUGAAGAAGAAGAACUCCUUCUACCAAUAAAUGCCAAGUAUGAGAAGAUCAAUGAUCUGACCUGGUCCUUAAAUCAUACUGAUCUCAUAAAUUUAUACCAGGAUAAGUUAUCUAACUGUUCGUUUGUUUCUUCAUUUUUAUCAUUGGUUCAUUCAGGAAAUGAAUCCAAAUUGUUUGAUAUAAUAACACCUCAUGGUCCCAGUGAGUACUAUAAUGUGAGUCUAAGGUUUAAUGGGGCAGUCAGAAAAGUUACUAUCGAUAACAAAUUACCAAUUCUUGGAGACAAAUCUCGUAGUAUUACCAUACGUUCAAGUUCCGAUCAAAACCUAUUUUGGCCAGCUUUGAUAGAGAAGGCUUACCUCAAAGUUAUGGGACAAGGAUAUAGUUUUGAAGGGUCCAACAUGGCUUCGGAUACAUAUACCUUAACUGGAUGGAUCCCUGAGAUUAUCUAUAUCAAAGAUGGUCGUAUGCCAAAUACCAAUUAUGAAUUGUGUAAGAAAUAUGGCCAUUUGACCAGUUUGGGGAUAGGUACGGGGAAAAUAAGUAAACAAUUAUCCGAAAAAACAGGUUUCAUAUCGAAUCAUGACUAUGUAUUACUCAAAGGAAUGGAAAACGAGGAUUUAACUAUCAUAAAUCCUUGGUUGGAGAAUGAAGAUUGUAGAAAGAUCAUACAUAACAAUAGAAACGAAUUGUUCCAGUUCAAUUAUCUUUAUGUUAAUUGGGAUAUGGAUUCAAUUUUCAAGUAUAAGACCACGAUUAACUUCAUUUACAAUGGGCAAGGCUUGGAUACCAAACCCCAAUUCACCAUAAGUAACCCCACUGAUGAACCACAAGAUAUGUGGGUUUUCUUGGAAAGGUUUAUUUCAAAAAAUGAUGCGGCUGUGAUUUCGAUGGAUUUAUAUGAAAGCGGCUUCAAAGUCAUAUCACCUGAUCAAUAUAACAGUUUAUCUGUUGGUAAAGUCACUAAUAGUCACUUUGAUUUAUUAAGGAUUACUAUGGAACCUAAUUCUAGUAAAACUUUGUUAGUCAAUUGUUCCAUCACCACUUCCAUGUCAUUGACGUUAUUCAACAAUGUUUCCUCCGAAUUAGGCUUAACCAGGGCUAAAGCCAAAUAUGGGAAAGUAGUCAAGUUCGAUGAUGAAUGGGACUUCACCAAUGGUGGUGGCGAAAAUACUUACUCUACAUACUUGAAAAAUCCCCAGUUUGAUAUUGAGGUGACAGACUCAACUGACGUAUUCAUUACUCUUGAAAGUAAUCAAGUCAGUACUUUUCAUAUGUUCUAUUGGAAUGAACAAGAUAAGAAUAAAUCAAUGAGAGAAUUCAAGUCAGGUGAUCUAUUGAUAGACCCACCAUAUCUAUCUGGAACUCAAUCAUGUCAUUUAAAUCACUUAGAACCCGGAUUUUAUCGGAUUAUUUGCUCAUGUAGAGACCCCGAAACCAGAGAUAAGUUCAAAUUACUGGUCUAUCACUGUGAAGGAGAAAUCAAGAUAUCCAAGGUUAUAAAUCCCCUUGGCUUAUUCAUGGAAAGAAUCACAUUUGACUGGAAUAAUAUGAAUAGAAACAAAAUCCCUUUCUCUUUGAAGACUUACCAGAACAAGCUUUCAUUUCAUAUUCAACAUUCUUCAAAUAAUUUUACUAAAGCUGAGAAAGUUGUCACUUAUAGACCAAAUAUGAGAGCUUCAAUAUUCAGCCUUGAUACCUCUCAACCAGUCAAGGUUAAUGAAGAAUGGAAUAAUUCUAUCUAUGGGAUAUUUUUCGACUGUCAAAUCAAUAAUCCCGGGAAUUUUGUUUUAUUAGUAGAAAGAUUUGAACCUGGAGUAGGAACUGUGGAAAUUAAUUUUGGUUGUAAUAAUAGAUUAUAUAUAUAA